AUGUCGUCGUCGGCAUGGGGCGGCUGGGGCUCCAAGCUCAACGUGACGUCCAUCGUCUCGCAGGGGCUGGAGCAGGUGCGCAACCUGCGCGAGGACGUGGAGAAGUCCUUCGACCAGGUGGUGGCGGGCGCUCCGGGCGGCGCGCGGCUGCCGCUGGCCAGGCCGACGCCGCUGCAAGAGGAGGCCGAUAAGGAGAAGGCGGCGGCCAGCGAGGACAAGACCCCAGCAGCGGACGGAGGAGGCGAAGAGGAGGAGAAGCACGAUGUCCCAGAGCAGCAGAAGCCCUCGGAGGAGGAGGAGACACAGCGCUCAGAGCAGCUCCAGGUUGAAGCCAGCGCCGCCGACAUUGAAGAAGAUCUAGAGAAGGAUCCAGAGGAGAAGGAGAAGGAGACGGAGCAGGAGGAGCAGGAUACGAUCGUGGAGUCUGCAGUUGAGGUGGCAGGGGGCGAUGCCGUAGCUGCUGCUGAAGAGCCGGCGGAUGCAGCGGAGACCGAGGAAUUAAAGGAUGUAAACGACGAAGAGAAUGAGGAGGAGAAGGAAGGAGAGGAGGAGGAGAAAGAAGAAGAGAAGACGAAAUCCGAGGAGCAGUUGGUAGAGCAGGGGGAGGAGGUUGUUGCUGACGCGGAGGUGGCGACGCUGCGGCGGGAGCUGGUGGUGCGCGAGUCGCAGCUGCUGGCGACGUCGGCGACGAUCCAGGAGCUGCACGACGAGCUGGACAAGACGUGCAGUCGCGAGGUGGCGGCAGUGGAGCGCGCGCAGUUCCUGACGGAGCAGCUGGAGAACAUGAGGCGCGAGGUGGCCAAGCUCACGCAGCUGCACCGCGACACGAGCGACAGCCAGAGCGCGGACGUGCAGGCGCUGCAGAUGGCGCUGGCCGAGAAGGAGGAGAAGCUCAGCGCGCUGCUGGACGAGGGCCAGGCGCUUUCUGUUAAGCAGGCGCAACUGGAGCAGAGGCUGCGCGCGCUGCGGAAGGAGAAGGACGAGCUGGAGGAGCGCGCGCUCAAGUUGCAGUCGCAGUUCGAAGCGUCGGCGGAAGAGGUGAAGGACCUAACGACGAAGCUCAAGGCCAGCGAAGAGGAGAAGACGCGCUUGGCGCAGGAGAAUCGCCAACUGGCCAGUAGUACCGAUACCACAACUGUGAAGGCGGAGAAGGCCGAGCAGGAAGCGCAGGAGGCUCAACGGCAGUUAGAGAAGUUGCAGACUCAGGUGGAGCAGCUAACCCUUGAAGUAUCCAGCAAGAAUGACGAGAUUGAGAGGCUCAAGACAGCUACGCAAUCGAAUGAGGCGCUGAACCAUGAGAAGUUGGAGCUUCAGCAGACGUUGGAGUUUCUGCAGGAUAAUGUCCGCGACUUGGAGCAGGAGGCGGCUCGCAGGGAGGAGAUGGCACGAGCAGAAAUUGCGGACUUGAAGCGGAAGUGGCAGGACGCGGUGGCGCGUGUGGAUAUGCUAGGACAGAGCAUUUCUGAGGCCACUCAGCCGCUUUUGCGUCAGAUCCACGCGUUGCAGGAAGACCAGCGCGCAAGACAGGAGACUUGGAAGGCAACUGAGAGUACACUUCUCGAGCGUAUCGACGAGGCAACGGAACAGCGCCGCGCGGUUGAGCAGGAAAAGCUUGACAUCGAGAAGGAACUGCGUGAGCUUCAACGCAAGCUGGAGGAUAGCGACAUGGAGCUUACGAGAAAGCAGGCAGAGCUGAAUCGUACGCAAGAAGCUGCUGAAGCUGCCAAGAGUGGGGCUCGCGAGCUGCGUGGACAAGCUGAUGCAUUGCAGAUUGACUUGGACCAGGCCAAGCGCCAGCGUGACGCCGAAGUUGAGGCGAAACAUCAACUCCAGACUCGACUGGAU